CCUUUCCCCAGCAACUUAAGCUACCCGAUAUCAUCGGCCGUACUAACAAUUUGGGACGUAGGUACGCUUGGGAUGGCUCUUAUAGAUACCCAUACAAAAGCUACAGGACCCUAAGCCAUGAAACACAGGGAUGAGAAUGAGCCGUCAGACCCCAAUGCUCCUUUGCUCCCUUCGGAGCCUCUGAUAGACCAUGAACCCCAGCAUGAUGACGGCAAUAUCGACUCAAACCAGACAAAUGGCUGGUUUAUAUAUGCUCUGACGUUUUCUGCGGGGAUAAGCGGGCUGUUAUUUGGUUACGAUACAGGAGUCAUUUCCUCGACUCUAGUGUCGAUCAAAGCCGACCUUUCCAAUCGCAAUCUUAGCACUCUGGACAAAAGUCUAGUAACGUCUUGCACGAGCCUGUUCGCUCUCGUUGCGAGCCCGCUGGCAGGGAUCUUGGCGGACAACUUCGGUCGCAGAAAGGUUAUCCUUGUUGCAGAUGUGCUUUUCGCCCUGGGCGCAUUGAUACAGGCUGUCACCAGCACAGUAUGGGGGAUGAUUGCUGGGAGAAGCAUUGUUGGCCUGGCCGUUGGCGGAGCAAGCCUGGUGACUCCAUUAUAUAUUUCUGAGCUGGCACCAUCCCAUGUUAGAGGAAGACUCGUCACGAUCCUCAGCCUCUUCAUCACAGGCGGACAAGUCGUCGCCUACAUUUUUUUCAUUGUUUUGGCUUUGCCAGAAACCCCCCGAUGGCUGGUGCAGGCAGGGUUCGGAGAAAAAGCUACAAGUGUCCUUUCCAAAGUCUACGGGGGCGACCCCGACGGCGAUCUCAUGGCCAAGAGGGUUAUGCAUGAUAUCCAACGAGAAGUGGCUCAGGAGGAGGAACAAUUAAGUCAAACGAACAACCCUUCCACAGGCAGUCGACACUGGCUCGAUAAUAUUACACAGUGCGCUCGAAGUCUAGUCCUCGUCGGUGGAAACCGUAGGGCCUUGAUAAUAGCGGUUAUGCUGCAAGGAAUACAACAACUAUGCGGGUUCAACAGCCUCAUGUAUUUCUCGGCGACAAUAUUCUCAAUGCUUUCGUUCUCAUCACCGACUCUCACAUCAUUAUCGGUGGCAAUGACCAAUUUCUUAUUCACCUUGCUUGCGUUUGCUCUUAUCGACAGAAUUGGUCGGCGCCGCAUUCUUCUUUACUCAAUACCAGUCAUGGCCCUGUCACUUUUGGCUUGUGCUUUAACGUUUGCCUCGAUUAACAUGCCAAAGCCCGAGUCGAGAGUCCGAGCAGAAGACGUCACAACUAGUGGCUCCUUACUCCCUGUCACUAUUCUCAUAUGCCUCACUGUCUACACGGCAUCUUACGCGUUUGGCCUAGGCAACGUGCCCUGGCAGCAAUCAGAGCUAUUUCCCUUGAAUGUGCGCUCCUUAGGGUCAGCACUCGCUACCGCUACGAAUUGGGGAUCUAACUUUGUUGUCGGUCUUACAUUUUUGCCUAUGAUGGAGUGGUUAUCCCCCGGAUGGACAUUUGCGGCCUAUGCGGCUGUUUGCGUGAUCGGUUGGUUCGGCGUUUGGGCUAUCUAUCCCGAGAUGAGCGGGCUCCGCUUGGAAGAAGUCAAAGAGCUUCUAGCAGAUGGCUGGGGAGUUCAAGAAAGCCUAACGCGGCGUCGUAGCCGUCAUGAUAUUAUUCAGUACAUUGCCUAUCUGCUCCCACAUGAUGUUGACAUUGCAAAUCUCGCUCAGUGCUGUUCAUCACUAGCAGCGAAGACGCUUCCAGCCCAAGCCUCCGUCUGGCGAAGGCGCUUCAAGGAUCUUUACGACGUCCCACAGCACUAUCCCUCAAAGGAGAUCAAAAUCAGAUAUCAGAUUCGCGCCAUUGUUCUCUCGAAAUCGAUCAGUUUUUGUCAUGGCCAGAAAGAGAAGCAGACUUUCUGGCUAGAGGUAAUGCGAGACAUGAUUUUGGAAUCGAACAAGCAAUCACCAUCCAAAAACUUUGAGAGAAUUCGAUGCCUUCUAUUUAAUUCCAGUUUCCUGAGCAGGCCGGUUAGUGGCUACGGCCUGAAGGACGCCGGCCGGCCUUCAGAUCUUUUCUGUGCGAUUCAAUUGUGUCUCACUGAAUUAGCACUGGAUCCUGUAAUGUCUGUCCAUUGCCUCAGAACGGACUAUGACAUUGGCGCGGUUUACACUUAUGGCGUCGAGUCCGGCAUACCUGUCGUGCAUUCGAACAAGCUCAACCUAGAAAAGAUACUCCACAUACGCAAUUUCUGGAUACGCCAUCUUCUCAAUCCCGCCGAAGCGACCUUUUGUGCUUCUUACUCUAGCUUGCCAUUCUAUCACAGGCCCAGACCAUGGGGCGAGGCUGCACCGCUUGAAGCCAGCUCCCCCUGGCUAGGAUAUUAUUCAUGUAUUCACCCGUAUCCAGGGUUGCUAAAGGAUCUCGAGAACCGUCAGACAUGCGCAGACCUAGACACUCAUUGGACACAGGUUGGGUUCAUGUCUCUUCAAACCAAACCAGAUCCUAGCCGUCUGAACUGGCCACCGUUAUUUGAAACGAUCAUACCGGUUAAUCCCUUGAACUCCCAACGAUCAUAUUUCCGCGGAAUUCAGAAAUCAUCCGGCUCUGUCGAUGAAGCGCCAUGUUUGGUGCGAGGUUUCUGUGAGCCAAUUUCCAUAGCUCAGGGUGGUUUUCCUGGCUGGUGUCGUAUUUGCUUUGUGAUAUAUGAGCGAGACCCUGCUGAUAUACCCCCUGCUCCUGCAUGUGAUGUUACAGAGCCUGAAGCAGACGACUAUGCUUGGCUCUUCCAGGAAGGAUGGCCGCCUUCGGACCUAGUGACUGAGUUCUACUGGAUUCGUGGUUAUGAGGGCGUGAUUCUUCCAGGGGGUAGGAUCAUGAUAGGAAGCUGGAUAGACAUGAUUGACACGGCGGAUAGGGGCCCCUUUAUUUUUUGGAAACGAUGA